AUGAAGAACGGUAUUGAAAUGAAGGAAAAUAAUAUAUAUGGGAAUGGAUAUGCACACUAUCAGAAUAAUUUAAAUGGUGAUUUAUUUUUUAAGAACAAUGAUAUAAUUAAAAAAAAUGGAAUAUCAGAAAAUAUGUACACAUAUAACACAGUUGAAUUAGGGGGUUUAGGGGAAUAUGGAAUGAAUAACAUGAAUAACAAUAUUAAUUAUGGCGAUAGGCACAAUACUAAUUAUGGGGAUAGACACAAUACUAAUUAUGGAGAUAGAAACAUGAUAAAUGUGAAAUAUAACAAUUUGGAUAUACCUUAUAAUAUAAAAAAUUCAGGAUAUAAUAAUAUAAUAGAUAAAAACUAUACAAAUAACAAUAUUAAUAUAAAUAAAAGAUGUGUAACGAUAAAUGAUGAAAUUAGCAAAAAUAGUGUAUACCCUAAUUAUUAUAGAAGUAGAAGUUCAGGCACACAUAUUAAAAGAUAUUAUCCUCAUGUUAAUAUAAAAAAUAAUAAUGAUAUUUCUUUGUUCGAACAUGGAAUAAAUGAUAAAAAUAAUGCAUACAUUUUAAAUAAUAAUAAUAAGAAGAAUCAUGAUACUAUUUAUGAACAAGGUCAUGUGAUUAAUAUGAAAAAAAAUAUUUAUAAAACCGCUUUAGAUUUGAAUAUGAAUAAAGAAAUGAGUUUGAAUAAAGAAAUGUGUUUGAAUAAAGAAAUGUGUUUGAAUAAAGAAAUGGGUUUGAAUUUAAAACCAAGUACAAAUAUAACAAGUAAUAUAAAUAGAAUAAAUAUUACGGGAAAUUAUAACCUUCCAAAUGUAGUAGAAUAUAAAAAUGAUAUGUUUUUUUCUUAUAAGGAUAAAAUAAAUAAUACAUAUACAGAUUAUAAAAAUAAUAUAAACAAUUUAAUUAUAAAUCCAGAUAAAAAUAUGAAUUUGAGGAAUGCUCGUUUGUAUAAAACAUCAGAAUACCAUUACAACAUCCCAAAUAAAAAUGAUAAUUCAAUUGGUGUUAAUAAUAUUUGUAAGAUUUAUAAUUUGGAUAAUAAAAAAGAUUCCAAACAUAUUCAAUAUGAAAAUAGUUCGGAAAAAUAUGAUUUCAUAACGAAUAAUAAAAAUUUAAAUGGUUAUAAACUGUAUGAUAGUGGAAAUUGUGAAAAUUAUGGAAAUUAUGAAAAUUGUGAAAAUAACCAGUAUGAUUCAAUUUUGAAAAAAAAAUGUUUAGAAGAAAAUGAUAACGAAGAGAUAAUAAUUAAGAAUAAAAAUUUGCCUAUUGUAUAUACAGAAAAGUAUAGAAAUAAAUAUAAGAAUAUUUAUAAUGAAAAAGAAGAAAAUAUUUAUGACAUGUGUAAUGUAGAUAUAAUUGAAUCCCCAAAAGGAAAAAUAGUUGAUCCUACAAAAUUAAGUAGUGAAAUUUUUUCAUAUAAUAAUAUUAACAAUUUUUUAAAAGAAUAUGGGUCGUUAGAAUAUAUUAAUGAUUAUAGUAAUAUGAAGAAAGAUGAUAAAAAAGAAAAAGAAAAAGACAUUGUAAAAAAUGAUAAUAUAAAUGAGGAUAAUAAUAUUUCAAUGAGUAAUGAAAGCUUAAAAAUAAAUAAAAAAAAUAGAAAUGAAUUUUUAGAAUGGAAAUCUCACAAUAGAUUAUUGAAAAAUAUUAUAGCAUCUUAUAAUGAAAAUACAAAUAUAAAAAAACAUGGUUUAUUUAAUUUGCUUUUUGAUAUAUAUGGAUAUAAUAAAACAAUUUUUAAAAAUUAUUUAUCAAAUAAUGAUGAAAAUGAGAUAAAAAAUGUUAUUAAAGAUAUAAUAUAUGAAUUAUUUGAAAAAAAAAAUAAUAAAAUUUUGGAAAAAUUCAUAUUUUUAAAAUAUUUAUUUAAUGAAUAUGGACAUACAGAGUAUCCAAAUUUAAUAUCAUUAAAAAAUUUUAAACAAAUUUUUCGAAAUUAUAAAAACAUUUUUUCAUCAAAAAAAAUUGUAUUAUUUAUAUUUAAUUGUUUAGACAGAGGAAGAAAAUAUUAUAUAACGGAAAGUGAUUUCAUUAUAGGAAUGUUAGCAUGUAGCCCACAAAUGGGUAAUGAUAUAUAUGAUGAUUCAGGAAAAUUACGUCAUCAGUUAAUUUUUAGAGCUUAUGAUAUAGAUAGAGAUGGAUAUUUAAAUAGUAAAGAGAUGUUAGUAUUUUUGUAUCAUAUAUAUGAAUUAUCAAAUGAUUUAAAAUAUUUAAAAUUAAAAACAGAUAAAAAUAAAUUAAAAGAUUUUGUUAUUAAUGAAAGGGAUAAACUUAUGAAAAAUCAUGAAAAAAUUAGUUAUGAUUAUUUUUAUAAUUUAAUAGUAAACAAACAAAUUGAAGGAACAACAAAUUUGUUGAGAUCUAAUUGUGAUGUUGCUAAUGUUGUAAAAAAAUAUUUUCUUUAUACAUAUGCAAAAAAUUUAAUACCAGAAAAAUAUAUAGAUGGGGAUGAUUUUUUUUUUAUACAUUCUAAAGAUAAAAAAAAUAAUCAAGUAGAUAAUAUUAUUGAUAAAAAAUUGAAAAAUGUUUCUAGAUAUUCUCAUGAUACUAUUCCUUUUAAUACAUCUUCGAAUCAUAUUUUAGAUGAGGAUUAUAGUAAUUCUUAUAUGCUUAGAAGAAUGAAUGCAUAUGAGGGUUCAGGGAUAUAUACAGAUGCAACAGAAAAUAUUUCAUCAGAACAAAUUGAUAGAGAUACACUUUCAAAAGUUUGGACUGGAAAUAUAUUCCCUGAAUUAAAAGAAACAGAAACAUCAAUGGAAAAAAUUUCAAUUGAAACUUAUAAUAAUACAAAAAAGGUUAAGGAAAAUGAAUUUUUAUCUAAUAUUGAUCAUAAUUUUGAAAAAUCAAAAAUAAAUGAUAUUAAUUUUAUUGACAAAGGAAGGGAUACAUUUACAGAUAAUCAAUCAGUGGAAUUUCAAAAGAAUAAUAUGAACAUAGAAAGUUAUCAAACAAAUAGUUGUGAAACUGGUUAUAAUAAUAUAUAUGUUGAUGAGAAGGAUAAAAAUGAAAUGGUAAAAAAUAAAGCUAAUAUUAAAAAUGUUAAUUUGGGUUCAAUGGAAUAUGUAGUGGAUGAUUCUAUUGGUAAGAUAAACGAGUUAGAUGCAAUGAAUUCUGAUUUAAAAAAGGAAUCGAAUACUUUUGAAAAAUCAAAUGAAGAAACAAAAAUAAAUGGUGAUAUUUCUAAAAAAAUGGAAAAUGGUGAUUCAUUCGUUAAUGAAAGUUUGGGGGUAAAUGAUAAGGAUGAGAUAAAAUAUUCUGGGGGGAUAAAUUUGAAUCCAAUUCGUUUAAACAUUUCUGGUUUUGGUGAAAAGUGUGAUAAUAAAUGCGAAAAUAAACGCGAAAAUCAUGAGAAUCUAAAGAAAACGAGUGGGCAACUGGAUAGAAAAAAACCACUUUAUUCAAAUAGUGAUAAUUUAAAAACAGAGAAAAAGAUAAUCGAUAAAGAUUAUGUGGAAUAUGAAAUAAGGAAUGACAAUAUAUUAGUGGAAAAUUGUAAUAAUAUAAAUAAAGGUGAUAAUAUAUUGUUAGUAAAUAGUGAUAAAACAAAAAAUAGCGAGGUUUUACCUCAUUUUGGAAAAGAAGAAAAUUGUGAAUCAAAUUUAAGAAUAAAAGAAGUAUGUGAUUAUGAUUUAAUUGUUAAUGAUAAAGAAAAAAUGGAAAAUAGUAUUAAAGAAGUUGUAAAAGAAUAUAGAGAAAAAUAUAUAACAGAUCAUAAAUUAUUAACAUUAAAUCAAGAUAUUGCUUUUAAAGUGUUUACUACUUUUUAUAAUAUUUGUUAUAAAAAAAAAAGAGAGGAUUAUAAAAAUUAUUUUGAUAUAUUUAGGGUUUGUAAUUAUAAUGAUGUUCUUCUUUUAUGUGAUGAAGUUGUAAAAUUAUUUAAAUUAGAAGAUUCAUUAGAAUUUGCUAAUUUGCCAUGUAAAGUAUUUGGAGAUAUACAUGGAAAUUUAUUUGAUAUUGUUGAUUUUUUUAACAUGUAUAAUUGGCCAAUGCAUGAUAAUAAUAAUAGAAUAAUUUCUUUACUAAAAAUUGAGAGAGAUUUCGAAAACGUCGGAAAUUCCGAAAAUAAUAUGAACAACAAAUGUGUAAGCAAUCACAGCGAUUUGAAAUAUGUAUUUUUGGGUAAUUAUUUAAAUCGAGGAGAAUUAUCUUUAGAAGUUAUAUGUUUCUUAUUCAGUUUAAAAAUAUUAUUUCCUAAACAUAUAUAUUUAAUAAGAGGAAAUCAUGAAAAUCGAGUGUUUAAUUAUGUUUAUGGUUUUUAUAAAGAUAUUGAAAGAAAAAUAAAAAGUAAUUUUAAUUGUUUAGGAAAAAUAAAUUAUAAAGAUGAUGUUAUAUGUGCAUAUUCUUAUGAACUAUUUAACAGAAUUAAUGAUGUUUUAGAAUUUUUACCUUUAUCUGUUUUAUUAGACAAUGAAAUUUUAUGUAUACAUAGUGGUAUUGGUGAUAGUAUUCAAAAUGUAAAAGAUUAUUUAAAUAUUGAAAAGCCAAUUAUAAUACCAGAAUAUGUUGAUAGAAAUAGUAAUAAUAAUAGUGAAAUAUUAAAAAAAAUAAUCAUAGAUACAUUAUGGUCUGAUCCUAUAAAUUAUUUAGAUGAUAAUGAUAUGUUAUUAUUGAAAGAUUGUACAAAAUAUGAUAUAAUUCCAUCAAGUCGAGGAAAAAUAACAGUAAAAUUUGGUAAACAUAGAUUAACUAAAUUUCUAAAAAAUAAUAAAAUAAAAAUGAUAAUAAGAGGAAAUGAAUGUGUUUCUGAAGGAUAUAAAUAUGAGUUUAACAAAAAGAUAUUGACUUUAUUUUCAGCUACAAACUAUUGUAAUAAAUAUAAAAAUAAUGCAUCGAGUGCAUUAAUUAUUAAAAAAAAUAAAAAUAUUACAAUAUUUAAUCAAAUUUUGAAAUCAGAAUGUGAAAAUAUGAAUCUUAAUGAAAGUAGCAACAAAGAAAAAGUUAAUAUUGCAUAUACAAAUGGUGAAGAAGACAAACUAAACAAAUCAGAUAAAUUGCAAAAUGGUCAAAAUGAAACGAAAAAUGGGUUCUAUUUCGAUCAUACCAAACAUAAGGAUAAACCUUCUAAAAAAUAUGGAAAUGAAUAUAAAGAAAUUGAAAAUAAUAAUGAUUUAAUAAAUUUAAAAACACCACAAUUUUAUGUUAAUAAAGAUUCUAUAAAAUUGAGUAAUGAUGAUAAUAUUGAAAAUAUAUUGGGAGAUGAUUCAGCUUCUAAAAAUAAUUUAUAUGAUACAGAUGUCUGUGAAAAAAAAAAUGAUAAUUUAAAUGAUAGUGGAGUAAUGAAUGAAAUGUUAAAAAGUUUGAGUUACGAAAAAAAUUUAGAUAAUUGUAAUGAUAACAAGGAUAAAGAAGAUCAAAAUAAUGAUGUAUUACAAAAUGAUAGGAAGCGAGUUAAUUUAUUGGAAUCUGAUACAGACAAAAAUAGUGCCAACCUUUUCGAAAACCCUUGUAAUGAACACAUAGAAAACGAAGAAAAUGUUAAUAAAGAAAAAAAAGAAAAAAAUGAGGAAAAGGAUGAAAGUAAAGAAACUAUGACAUAUGAUGAGAAUGGAGAUGGAUAUAAAGCUAAAGAUGACAGUAGUGAAAAAAAUGAUUCUGGAGAAAAUUAUAAACAUAACAAAAUUUUCAAUAAUAAAGAAAAUGAAAUUUUUAACGAUUUUGAAAAUUGUUGUAAUGGUAAAAGUAUAGAUAAUAUAAAUAAAGAUCUAAUCAAGUUUAAUGAUUUUGGAAUAGAACAAAAUGAGCAUAACGAUAUAUUUUUAGAAGAAAAAAAAUACUUGGAAAAUAUAGAAAUGAUGAAAGAGGAAAUGUUAAAAGAAUGUGAUUAUAAAGUUGAUUCAAAUAAAUAUACAGAUGGAAUAAUUGAAGAAAAUAUUGAAGAAAAUAUUGAAGAAAAAAAUAAUGAAUUAUACAAGAGUAGAAACAAUAGUAACAGCAGAAAUAAUACCAAUUCUAUUAUAAAUAAUUUUUUCAAAAAUGAAAAAACAAUCGAACAAAACUGUUCAAAUAUGUUUCUUAAUUAUGAUCAAGUUAAUAACUCAAAAGAGCAUGAAGACAAUUUAAAAAAUGGAAACUGUUCAAAAAUAAGUUCAUUAUCAAAUGAAAACAUUGGAGCUAUAAAUUAUAUGAAUGAAAUUGAUAAUGAAUUGGUGUAUAAAAGAAUAAAUUACAUGAUGCCUCCAAAUUUGACCCUAACAAACAAAACCCAAAUGAAGAAUGGAAGUUACACUAGAGAGCAUAAUUCAGCAACAAUGAGAAACAUAAGAAGUGAAAGCAACACUAUGGAUUCUCUAAAUAAGCUUGAAAUGCAACAUUUGCCUCCAGACCCUCAACCACAAACAAAAAUAUCAUUCCAAAAAAGUUUAGAUGAUUUACACGAGUCCCAAUUCUGA